AGAGCAUGAGCAAUUAAUGAUGAAGACAUCAUUUUGGUGGGAAAGAGAAUCUACAGUGUGAAUUAUUUGGAAAGGGCACCAUCACACAUCAUUGUUCUGUUACUUUCGGAAAGAAUCUCAACAUUUUAACUUUUACUUGAUUUACUUGAAUUCACCAUUUUGUGGAAAAUGUGAGGUUUUAGAUUUCUAAACAUGCCUAUCUGCACUUAUGUUUAAAAUUUAAAGCACAAAUAACUUAACUGGCAUUUGUUUUCAGUUCUAAUUAGAUUUGAAUCGUCAAACCAUAUUUUCUGGAAAUAUACUAUCUUUCCAAAUGAUUUUAACUAUUAGUUUCACUCUAUUACAUUAUUCCUCCUCAGUCUGGUAUAGGAAUCCUGACUCUAAUAAGUUAUCAUGAGUAGUAUAUGUAAAUAGACAUACAAGUACAAAUGUAAGUAUGUAUUUAUGUUAUGUAUGGAUGUAUGGAGAUAUUAUUUGUGCCUUUGUAUGUAGAUCACAUCUUGCACUGCAUCCUUACAAUAUAUCAUUCUUGCAAGUUUUCUCUUUGAACUGUUAAAAAUUUUCAUAUCAUAUAAUAUCUUUCAUUGAUUCAUUCUGCUAAAUGUGUUGCAUUCAGUUGUCAUUAUCAUUUGCUCACCGGAAAUUUUGUGUGAUUAAAAUCCUGUAGUCUUUAUCACCAUGCAGUUUCUAAUAGAAAAUCACUUUUGUCUUUCAGGAAUUAUUGAGGUGAAAUUGGAUUGACCUGAAGCCAGAAAUGCCAUUGGCAAGGAUAUGCUAAGAGGCUUACAGCUCAUUCUUGAAGCCAUAAAUAAAGACACUUCUGCUAAUGUUGCAAUGAUCUGCAGCUUAGUUCCAAGAGUGUUUUGUACCGUUGCUGAUUUGAAGGAAUGCAAGACGAUGAAUGCAUCUGAGGUCCAGUUCUUUGUGAACUCUUUGCGAUCAACAUUUUCAUCUCUAGAGGCACUUCAUGUUCCUACAAUUGCCAUAAUUGAAGGAGCAGCACCAGGCGGAGGACUGGAAAUGGCACUCUCAUGUGAUCUACGAAUAUGUGGAGAAGAGGCAGUAUUUUCCAUGCCAGAGACUGGGCUUGCUAUAAUACCUGGGCUCAGUCCCACACUCUCAAUGGUGGGAACAACCUCCACACUCUGGUGCUUCAAUGAACAACAGUUCUCCGCCCUAGCCCAUCCUCCCGUGCUUGUAUUUCGGAUGCUCAUUCUCGGUCCAGCGAAGUCUCCUCUCCACGUACUCAUCCCUCUGUUCUAUGUCGGAGCCAUUCUUGGGCUGCUCAUCCUACCUGAUCGCUUCGGCUUACCGGGAUCGGGAGAACAAGGUCUGUUGGCGAUUAGGAUGCCAAAACAUGCUAUUGAUGGGAGAAUUGACAUAGAGUUGCCUUCACCUUUGGAAUUGGAAGAGGAAUGUUAUGAGAAGCUUUUGAACACACAAUAUCGCUUGGAAGGCAUGGCAGCAUUUGCCGAGAAGCGGAAGCCAAUAUACAAAGGUGAAUAGAAUAGGGUUUAUGCAUCCAGCCUUGUAUCAAUUAUGCAAAUGAAGCCUGUCAGAAUCGGUCUACCUGCUCACUUAGGGAGGGCAUUGAUAUGUUAAACUAUUUUAUGGAAAAUAAAUGAAGGAGAUGCUGUGAAACCCUUUUUUUUCACUUGAGCAAAUGUAUGAUUUCUAAUGCUGGGUGGUGUUAUCUUGGCUGGCAGCAGUAUCAUGCUGCAUUUGGUUGUAUUUCAUAAUGGGGAGUGUGGGUAGCAUUUUUGUCCAUGGAUGAAUGUAAUCCAUAACUGGGUUCAAUUUUCCCCCUCUAUCUGCUUUAUUGUUCAUAAUGGCUCUCUUUUCAUAAAA